CCACGCAUGCAGUUGUGCUCUUCCUCUUUCACUUUUUGUGAUUUCGCAGCGCACGCGAAAAUCUGAUAAAUUGCUCUAAAAAUGGUCGGAAUAACGCCCGCUGAGAAGAAAGCGCUGAUAACGCGCAAUCUGCAGGAAACGCUCGGCGACGACAAGCUGACAAAGAUCCUGGCGGAGCGAGACCUUAAGAUCUACUGGGGAACAGCGACGACGGGCAAGCCACAUGUCGCCUAUUUCGUGCCCAUGUCGAAGAUUGCCGAUUUCCUGAAGGCAGGAUGCGAGGUGACCAUCCUGUUCGCCGAUCUCCACGCCUAUCUGGACAACAUGAAGGCACCCUGGUCUCUGCUAGAGCUGCGCACCCAGUACUACGAGCAGGUCAUCAAGGCCAUGUUGAGCUCAAUCGGAGUUCCGCUGGAGAAGCUGAAGUUCGUCAAGGGCAGCAACUAUCAGCUGUCCAAGGAGUACACCCUGGAUGUAUACAAGCUCAGCUCCGUGGUCACGCAACACGAUGCGAAGAAGGCGGGCGCAGAGGUGGUCAAGCAAGUGGAGUACCCUCUGCUGUCCGGUUUGCUCUAUCCCGGUCUGCAGGCUCUGGACGAGGAGUACCUCAAGGUGGACGCCCAAUUCGGUGGCGUGGACCAGCGCAAGAUCUUCACCUUCUCGGAGAAGUACCUGCCGCAGUUGGGCUACGAAAAACGCAUCCACUUCAUGAAUCCCAUGGUUCCCGGCUUGGCUGGUGGCAAGAUGUCCUCUUCCGAGGAGGACUCCAAGAUCGAUCUCUUGGACUCUCCGGCCAACGUGAAGAAGAAGCUGAAGAAGGCUUUCUGUGAACCAGGCAACAUUGCCGACAACGGCCUGCUUUCCUUCGUGAAGCACGUCCUGUUCUCGCUGUUCAAGGAGGGCGAAGGCUUUGAGGUUAACCGGGAGGCAGAGCACGGCGGCGAUGUUACCUUCCUGAAGUACGAGGAGCUGGAGAAGUACUACGCGGAGGACAAACUGCAUCCGGGUGACCUGAAGGGCACCGUGGAGAAGUACAUAAACCGACUGCUGGAUCCCAUUCGAAAGGCCUUUGAAAAGCCAGAACUGCAAAAACUAAGUGCUGCUGCUUAUCCGCCGCCUGCCAAGGUGAAGGCUGGAGCUGCUCCCGCUGCUGGAGCUGACGAGGACGCACCCCAUCGCCUGGAUAUCCGCGUAGGCAAGGUCGUAGAGGUGGCGCGUCAUCCAGAUGCCGAUACUCUUUAUGUGCUGAAAAUAGACUUGGCUGAGGCGGAACCCAGAACGAUUAUUAGUGGCCUGGUGAAGUUUGUCACCCAGGAGGAGCUGGACCAGCGAUUGGUGGCGGUUCUGUGCAACCUGAAGCCCUCCAAGAUGCGCGGCAUCUUAUCCGAGGGAAUGGUUCUGUGCACCUCCAACGCUGACCACACGACGGUGGAGCCCAUUGUGCUGCCAGCAAGUGCUACUCCUGGCAGUCGCCUCGCCUUCGAGGGAUUCAGUGGGACGCCCGAUGAGCAACUUAACCCCAAGAAGAAGGUGUGGGAGAAACUCUCCGCCGACUUCAAGACGAACAGCGAUGGACUGGCCGUGUGGAAGGACAACUUCCUGCUGACGCCCGAGGGCGAAAAGCUGUCCAGCAAGCUGGCCAAUUGCUCCAUUAAAUAGAACUUUCAAUCCAUCCUACCUGAGCCGUGUAAUACUUGCAACUAAGCCGAAUGUUCAUAAACAAGAAAUUGCUGCUAAUUUAUUAAUUCCUCUUUGUAAAGAAACUGCAUUUUUUAAAUAAAGCGCUGAAAUAUAUGUAUUCGGGA